UUUUUCAAAUACCCGACCCUGUUAAAGUUUGAUUAUUACAAGAACUCUCUUUUACGAUCUCAAGCCGCCAAUCCAUUCUCUGUCAUUCUUCUUGCCCGAUUCUUAACUUUUCUUUUUGUCUGCAACUUCUCUUUCUUCUUCGCUCAUUCCUUGUGCUCAUUGGCUUCAAACGUAGUUUCUCGCUGCGUUGCUUUCAAAGUCCACUGCGACGUCGUUCGCAAUGGCGCGUUGAUACUCGUCUAGGGGAGAGGGGAGAGAAAGAGGCGGGUGAAUCGUGGUUGCUCCGUGGCUUUGUCGAAGGCUGAUGGUGUGGCGCCGGAACUGUUCCGGCGGGAUAGUGGCUCCGGUCUGUGUGGUGAGGUAGGUGAUGGCGAAGCUCGCGUUUUGUGUUCAUGUUUUUGCGUUGUUGUCUGUGAAACUGGGUGUGUUGCUCGCGUGAAGACGGAUAAUCCAUAUCCAUCCGUAGAUACCCGAACCCGAAAUUACUCGCCGAACCGUUAAUCGGUCUUAUGCGUUAAAUUUGGAUUGGGCUGAAUUGGCAUGUUGGGCUUUGACCCGAAUCCAACCCAACCCCUGCUCAGCCAUACUAGAAACAGCGGACGAAGAUGAUCCUAAACUUCAUACGCAAAACGUGUUUCACACUCAAUCUCAACCACCUGUCAAACAUCAUCGCAAUCAUCAAGCAUUCUUUGCACCACCAUACUCUCACAACCAACUUUUCGUCAUCAUAUUUCACUCGAUACAUUUCCCAAGCCAACUCCCUAAUCCUCUGGCAUGUUCGUCGGGGCGAUCCUGUCUCCGCAUGGAUCCUCUUCCACUCUCUACGUCGCGCGCGUGCCGACGUUGACGCGUACACCUUCACUUCUGUCUUGCGUGCUUGUACUCUCUUGCAUAUCUCUCAGCUCGGGAUACAAGUCCAUAACCAAAUGGUAAAAACCGGUGCUGAUUCUGGAACUGUCGCGAAAACCUCGCUGGUGGAUAUGUACUCUAAGUGCGGGUCUUUGGACGAAGCAGUGAAGGUGUUUGACGAAAUGGAUCAGCGAGAUGUUGUCGCUUGGAACGCUUUGCUUUCGGGUUUUCUGCGGUGUGAUCUUCCUGUUAAGGCGGUUGGGGUUCUUAGGGCGAUGGGGAGGGAGAAUGUUGAACUUAGUGAGUUUACUUUGUGUUCUGCAUUGAAGUCUUGUGCUUCUUUGAAGGCGUUGGAGCUUGGAAGGCAGGUUCAUGGUUUGGUGGUGUGUAUGGGUCGUGAUAUGGUUGUUUUGAGCACUGCUCUUAUUGAUUUUUACUCCAAUGUUGGGUGUGUUGACGAUGCUUUGAAGGUGUUUUGCAGUUUGAAGGGUUGGAAGGAUGAUAUGAUGUAUAACUCGUUGGUUUCUGGAUGUGUUAGGAAUAGGAGGUAUGGCGAGGCAUUUAGAGUUAUGGGCUUGGUGAGGCCCAAUGUUGUUGCGCUUACCAGUGCUCUGGUGGGGUGCUCUGAGAAUUUGGAUUUGUGGGCAGGGAAGCAGAUGCACUCUGUUGCGGUUCGGCAGGGUUUUACUCGUGAGACUCAGCUGUGUAAUGCCCUGUUGGAUAUGUAUGCGAAAUGUGGAAAGGUUUCGCUUGCCCAGUCGUUGUUUGAUGGAAUUUGUGAGAAGGAUGUGAUUUCCUGGACUUGUAUGAUUGAUGCGUAUGGAAGAAAUGGGCGGGGGCGUGAAGCUGUUUUGAUGUUUCAAGAGAUGAGGAAAGAAGGGGGGAAGGUGUUGCCAAAUUCCGUGACUUUUUUGUCUGUUUUAUCGGCUUGUGGUCACUCUGGACUGGUGGAGGAAGGCAAAAAAUGUUUCAAAUUGUUGAGGGAGAAGUAUGGUCUUGAACCAGAUCCAGAGCACUAUGCUUGCUACAUAGAUAUCUUAGGCCGGGCGGGUAACAUAGAAGGGGUAUGGUCUGCGUAUCACAAUAUGGUUGAACAGGGUACUAGGCCUACUGCAGGCAUAUGGGUAGCAUUGUUGAAUGCAUGCAGUCUUAAUCAGGAUGUUGAAAGAGGUGAAUUGGCUGCGAAGCAUCUCUUGCAGUUGGAACCCAAUAAAUCUAGCUAUAUUGUUCUUGUAUCAAACUUCUAUGCAGCCAUUGGCAGGUGGGAUCGCGUUGAUGAACUGAGACGUAUCAUGAGGACAAAAGGGUUAGUCAAGGAAGCUGGAAAUAGUUGGAUCAAUGUUCUGGGAUUGAACCAACAUGCUAGGUCACUAUCUAUUUGAUUGUUCAGCAAGACGAUGAAGCUUUACUGUUAUUGGGACAUAAUUGGGGGUAGCAAUUGUGGGGACUUGAAAUUUCGCCACCCUUCGCCAUUGUCGCCGUCGGUUAAUUUGCCUUCUUCUGGAAUCGAGAGGCAGCCUCCUUCAGUCUCCAAGCAGCAUGGAAAUGGAAUCAGUUAGCUAAGUCAGGGGGCUUAGUUUGCCUCCUGUUCCGCCUCAGAGUUUAAAGCCAGCAGUGGAAGUGAGGAGAGGGAAGAAAGGGUCUGGUCAUCAGGAAGGUGUGCAUUCCCUUAGAUUGUUAUAUAAUCGUUAUUUGCAAUGGAGAUUUGCCAAUGCGAAAGGGCACACCACGAUGAAGGCUCAGCAAGUAGAAAGCCAGAGGGAUAGAACAAGAAGAGGAUACUUGGGAAGGUUGUUUUGAUUGAGUUAGAAGGUGGACCACUGUUUUAGUUUCACCGCAAAAACUGGACUUGGGAAAGCACUAUAUUCCCAAGCAAUGAAAAUAUGAAAAAUGCGUGAAUCUGUAAACAAGAAACGCAUAGAACUGGAUUUUUUGCGGAGAUCAAAGACUUUGACAAGUAUUCUUGAAGCUCAAGUAAGGCUACCAAUACUUCUGAAAGCUACUUUUAUAAAUUUGCAUUCAAGUCCCGAGAGCAAUGUUUCCAGUCUGUGAAGAAAAGACAUGAUCAUAAGUAAAAUUUGUUUUUCCAUUAGUUGAGAAAAGGGGGAAGAAAGGAACAUGAUCAUAAGUAAAAUUUGUUUUGGGGUGUUGUCUCAACUCUCAAGAAGUUCCACAACCAUUGUUUUCUUAUCAAUGUAAGUCUCAGGCUUUCAGCCUAAUCACCAUCUCUUCCCCCAUUUCACACUCAUGGGAUGCCAAUAAUAGUAAUAGGACACUUUGUCCUUGAAUGAAUAAAUGAAAUGUUUGCAGAGGGGUGUUAUUUCCUUUUUGCAGCUAAAACCACAUUCAUUCAUACACAUGAUGUUGGAAACCUUGUACUAUAGUUAAGAGAGAAAAGAAUGAGUUAAAUAGUAUGAUGAUUACAAAACUUACAUUAUUUACAAGUUUGAUUUAUAGUUAA